AUGCCUUCGAGUCCUAUUAGAGCUGUUGCCGACUUCCUGCAGAAAUUAGCAAACACAGAUAACGUGGCUUCGGAGGCACCAGAUGAUGUUAGUGUCUCAGAUGCACGAUCCAAGUCAACAACAACUUCAGAUGUCGAACUGCUGGUUCAGCAACUCAACAGGGCAUCAUUAUCAGACAUAGCAUCCACAUCACCUGCAACAUCAGAAACUCGACUCGAUCAUGCCAUCAUUUCUCCAAUCAAACAAAAGCAAGGAGGUGCUCUCGACAUUCAGCCUAGAACACACAAUGAAGUACUUCUCCUUGCCGCACUUCACGAAGCGGAAUCUGCAAAUGCAGCUCUCAAACGAUGA